GAUAGAGACAGAUACCUGUAGCACAACUGUUCAGCGAUGACACGUAUGGAAGAAAACCCAGGCAGAAAGAAGGGAAGAAGAAACGUACAUGUAGCUUAGCUGACAAAAGAUCACACAAAGAAAUCAAAUACUGUUGCAGAAAGAGCAGUUGGUUAAAAUGAGCACAAGAGGACGUAAUCUUUAGGUCAGUGACAAAGACAGAGAGGUGCUGCACUGGCAUGCGAGAAUGACGAGUCGACAUCCCUGUUUCUAUCGAGUUCCUCCACAGGAGUUACACAGGAGAAACCAGCUAACAGAAGCCACCCAGACUAAAGUCCUCAACACUGUCAUCAGCGUGAAGGACACCAAACUUGCAUCACUGGAGCGGAAUAUUCGAGACCUGGAGGACGAGAUCCAAACAAUGAAGACAAAUGGACUUUUGCACACAGACGGCCGGGGUGAAGACUUAAAACAGAUGGAAGUCUACAAGAACCACUCAAAGUUCAUGAAGAACAAGGUUGAUUUGCUGAAACAGGAAGUAGUGAAGAAAGAGUCUGAGUCGAUGGCACUGCAAACUAAGCUUGACACAAUGAGCAAUCAAAACUCGGACUGCAAACAGCACAUAGAAGUCCUGAAAGAAUCUCUCAUAGCCAAAGAACAUAGAGCUAAUAUCCUUCAGGCAGAGGUGGAUGCUCUACGUCUACGUCUGGAUGAAAGAGAGUCAUUCCUAAACAAGAAGAUCAAGCAGACCCAGGAUCUUAUAGAAGAGAAGGGAACACUGAACAGUGAGAUGUGUGACCUGAAGGAUAUGCUGGAAGUCAAGGAGAAGAAGAUCAACAUCCUGCAGAAAAAGGCUGAGAACCUGCAGGAGCAGUUAAAAGACAAAAACAAACAGUUGAACAGUUUGGGGGACAGAAUGACGUCUCUGCAAGCUGACUCCAGCAACACUGACACAGCUCUCAUUACACUGGAAGAGGCUCUCUCCGAGAAGGGAUAG